AUGAGCCUUUCUUAUCUAUCAGACAUCAUAACUUCCAGUGGAAUCGGCAUAGCCACCUUCUGCUUGCUAUCAUCCUGGUGGCUCAGCACAACCCUUCUAUCAUGGUAUCGCCUCCGUCACGUUCCAGGCCCCUGGUUCGCAGGACUCAGCUACAUAUGGAACGGCUGGAUUGCCUACAGCGGUAAACAACACCACGUCUUCGUUGCUCUCGACGAAAAAUACGGCCCACUUGUCAGAAUCGGGCCACAGGUACUCCUCACUUCAGAUGUUGAGCUCGUCAAACGCAUGUCAGCGACUAAGAGCUCAUAUGGUAAAUCGUCUUGGGUCGACGGCGUCCGCUUCAAUCCGUACCAUGAGACUAUGUUUGCGGUGAGAGAUCCACGACAGCAUGAUCGUGCAAAGGCGAGGCUGGCGCCUGCGUAUAGUGGUCGUGAUACGCCUAAUCUCGAGGGCGCUGUCGACCAGCAGGUCAACAACCUCAUAUCUUUGAUUCGCCGCCGCUAUCUCUCAGAGCCUGCCUCUGGUGUCUUUCGUACAAUGCCUCUUCUGAAUGUCUUGUCGUAUUUCACCCUCGAUGUAAUUUCGAAAGUCGCGCUCGGGGCAGAGUUUGGUUGCUGCGCUUCUGACUCGGAUCCGUAUAGGUUCUAUGAAGGUCUAGAUGAACAUAUGCCGCUGAUGGCGCUGACGAGUGAUGUGCCGUGGAUCAGAGCUAUAAUGUACUCGACCACGUUUCUCAAGUAUUUUGGGCCACGAGAGACUGAUACUCAUGGAAUUGGCCCGCUAAUGAAUCAAGACCAAACGGAGAAGACAGAUAUGCUGAGCUCGUUUAAAGUCCACGGUCUAUCCGAAGGUAAUGCUCAAUCCGAGACGCUCUUCAUGUUUGUCGCAGGAUCCGACACCACCGCGUCCGCUAUCAGGGUCACUCUAUUCUACCUCAUGUCAUGUCCCCGCGCUUAUCGCAAGCUCAAGGAAGAGAUUCGAGGCGCUAUUCGUGAGGGCAGGGCUUCAAGUCCAAUCACUGCUGCUCAAGCACGCGAGCUGCCUUAUCUCCAAGCAGUUAUAUAUGAAGGUCUUCGCAUGCGGCCAGUGACAACAGGGCAGCAAGCCAAAGAGGUACCAGCUGGAGGCGACACCAUCAACGGGUACUUCAUCCCCGGUGGCACAUCCAUCGCCAUCAAUUUCUCCGCCAUUCUAGGCUCAAAAGCUCUGUUUGGCCCAGACGCCAAUGUCUUCCGACCAGAGCGUUUCAUCGGCCUCUCAGCCUCCGACCUCGCUGAGAUGCGCCGCAACGUCGAAAUGAACUUUGGGCACGGCCGAUGGAUGUGUGCCGGAAAACCGUUGGCGUUUAUGGAGCUGCAAAAAGUGUACUUCGAGUUACUGCGAGCGUUCGAUUUUCAGCUCACGGAGCCUCUGAGUCCCAUGCGGUCAGAAAGUUACGCUUUGUUUCGCGAUUUUGGACUUAAAGUCCGUGCCACGGUGGCCGAAGAUAUGGAAUAA